CUAGUGAACGAGAGCUUGACAAAUUUAUCAAGCCUCUUCAACCACAUUGCUCUCUUCCACGUUCUCCUGCGACGCCUCCUCCAGCGACUUACCCUUGGCCUCCGGCACCGCAAACUUCUUGAUCCCUAUACCCGGCGGAUAACCCGCGUCCGUCUUCGUCUUAUCCGUAUUCUGUGCCGCGUAAAGAAACCCAUAAGCCCCCACAAUUGCUCCGGCCUUCCCGGCAGCUGCCGAUAUCCCGUGGCAAGUCGACCUCAACCGGGCCGGAAAGAUCUCCGCGGGCACCACGAACGUAGUCGCGUUCGGCCCAAAGUUGGCAAAGAAGAACGUGAGCCCGUACAUGACCACAAACCCGAUGUGCGACUUCUCCCUCCAGUGGUUGUAAGGUACUGCUAUCGCGAACAUGAACACCGUCAUGAAGAAGAACCCCAUCAGCUGAAUCGCGAAUCGCCCUAUUUUAUCGAUAAACGCCACUGUGAACCAAUAGCCCGGCACAGUCCCGCAGAGCGCGAUCAGUGUCUGUGCCCGCGCCACCCGAUACACCUCGUGCACCGCGUUCAUCGUCUUGGCCGGCGGAAUCCAGCCGACACCCGUAAGCACGUCCUUCUGGAAAAGAUUCUGGCUGUAGAAAGCGAUAAGGAACCACGUGGACGUUGUCCCGAACAGGUGGAGCCCGUGUCGCCUGACAAACUCCCGGGAGAAGAGCCCGAAGUUGUUGUUGUUGGUGAUUUCGUGAUCAACCUCGGCCUCGAGCUCGACGUUGAGCACCUUGGACAUGUCCCGGGCCGCCUGCUUCGCGUCCCUGGCGACCAGCGCCGUGUAGCGCGCGGUCUCGGGCAUCUUCAUGCGCCAGUAGAAGGUCAGGGCCGCGGGGAGCGCCCCGAACAUGAGAAUGAUCCGCCAGACAUAGUCGGCCUCGGGGACAAGGGACGCGGGGGCGUCGUCCUCGUAGGCAGGGGCCGGGAAUUGGGAGUUGAAGGCGGCAGCCACUAUCAGAGAGAGGACGCCGCUGAAGAGGAUGCCGAAGCCCUGCAUGGCGAAGACGGCAGCUAUGAAGGCUCCGCGCGUCUUCUUGUUGGCGUACUCAGACAUGAUGGUGGCGGAGAGGGGGUAGUCGCCACCGAUGCCGAAGCCGAGCCAGAAGCGGAAGAAGCAGAGGGUGGCCAUGACGGACCUUGGGGAAGAGCCGAACGAGAGGCCGGAGGCCACCGAGGAGACGACCAUGAGGAUUAG